AGCGGCUGGGCCGGGACGGGUCAAGCCACUCGAGACGCGGCGGCGGGGAACGACGUCGACGUCGACGACAGACAUCGAGGAUCAUCGACUUCGAUUUCCAACUUCCUUGUCUGUCGACGACUACUACCAACCAAGUCAACCUUCUUCAUCGUCAGGUGUCAGGAGUAGCUUCAGAAUCACCAUCACAAGGCCUGCUCAUCGGGCCACUCUCUUGAAGACCUUCUACUUCCCCGCCACGUCAGUCUACAUUGCCCACCUACUCGCCUCGCAUUUGAUACCCACCAGCGCGUCACACGCCACCAGUCGUCAUCAUGUCAUUUCAAAACAUGGGCAAGUCUGCCAUGAGGGUCGGCAAGAACUACGUCAAGGGCUACACAGACGUACAGGUCAAGGUGCGAGAGGCGACGUCCAAUGACCCGUGGGGACCCAGUGGCACGCAGAUGAAUGAGCUCGCUCAGUUGAGCUACAAUCAGAAUGACUUUAUCGAAAUGAUGGAGAUCAUGGACAAGCGACUCAAUGACAAGGGCAAGAACUGGCGUCACGUCUUCAAGACCUUGACCGUUCUCGACUACCUGCUUCACGCCGGCAGUGAGAAUGUCGUCAUCUACUUUAGAGACAACAUUUACGUCGUCAAGACGCUGCGCGAGUUUCAAUACGUCGACGAGGCGGGCAAGGACCAGGGAGGCAAUGUCAGGCAAAAGGCAAAGGACAUCACCAAUCUCUUGAUGGACGAGGCACGGUUGAGGGACGAGCGCAGAGGGAGGUCGAACAUGAGGGACCGGAUGCAAGGAUCCAAUAUGCCGCCAUCGGGCAGCUUUGAGGAUGACGAGGGAAAAAGGCGAAGGAGAAUGGAAGAAGAAAGGCGCAAGGCAAGAAGUGCCAACGAAGACGACGAGCUGAGGAGAGCAAUCGAGGAGAGCAAGCGGAUGGCAAAGGAGGAGCAGGACCGCAUUCGCGCAGAGGCGCAGAACGAGGACGAGCUGCAAAAGGCGUUGGCCCUGUCCAAAGCAGAAGAGGAGAAGCGUAUCAAGGAGCUGGAAGCAAAGACGUCCAAUGCUCUCUUCGACGACGACUGGAACAUGCUCUCCAACGCGCCCAACCAAUACGCUCAACCGACAGGGAUGUGGGGCAACGAUCCCAACGCCAUGUACAUGCAGCAGCAGUACACGAGCUACAACCCUUACUUUUACCAACAGCAGCAGAUGCAGGCCGAGCAAGAGGCCGAGUAUCAGCGUCAGAUGCAGCUGCAAAUGGCAGCUCAGCAAUACCAGCAGAUGAUGUCUCAGCAGCCGCAGCAACAGCCUAUUCAGCCUCAGCCUACCGCAUUUGGCAGCAACAACCCCUUCGCAUUCUCUCAGCCUCAGCAGCAGCAGCAGCAGCAGCAGCAGCAACAACAACAAGCGCUGCAGAUACCGCAGAUGCCCGCGUCCUCAUCUGUGCCCAUCGCCGACCUCCUCGGCGGCGAAUCCGAGCCGACGCCCGCACCAGCGCCAGCGCCGGCUGCCGCUCCUGCCCCGUCCCAGCAGCAGCCUCCGCGUACCAAGGUUUCCAUGGACCCGCGCCACGCCGAGCUCAAUCGCCUCUUGGCAUCAGGCGAGGGAAUCGACACGUUUGGCAACUUUGGUGACAUGAGAAUGGGCCAUAGCUCGGCGAGGCAGAAUAUUCCUUCACAAGCCACAGGCAAGCCCAUGAACGGACAGGCAACGGGAAGCAAUCCAUUCUACCGCGGCUAGAGCGUGAGGGUGCGACAAGAGGAAGCGCUGUGCACUUCCCACCCAGGAUCGACUCAGCCAUCCCAUCUCAACCUUGAAUCGCCGGCACACGUAUCCAGCUUGCCGGCCCCUUUCCCUCUGUCAUUGCUCUUCAUUCCCAUCAUUUUCCUGCUCCCCUCCGCUUUCGUCAAUCUCCAUCCAGCCUUUGCACUUUUACCGCCUUUGUCUCCGCUCCUCUCCACCUAUACUCCAAUGCCAUCUACCCUUUUUGCUUCGCUCCUGUGAGCGCCGGGAUGACUGCAGUCGAGGGAUCAGCCGAGAGGCGAGGACAUCAGAGCUUGCUCAGCUUGCUGAUCUCCUUUUGUAGGACGUUGUUCAUCUUGAGGCC